UCCAAGAUGGCGGCUGAUCCGGAGCGAGGCGCCGCCAAUUCGGAGUGAGCGGUCCCGGAGCGCGCCCUCUGCCUCCCGCCCGCUGUGUCCGGUCCAAUCGGCGGCAAGAAAGCUUUCCUAGCAUGAGGGGCCGGCGAGGAAGGCCACCUAAGACCCCACCGCUGCCCGACUGCUCCCCCGGGCCCACCGCUGGCCUCCGCUCCCGGCUCCGGGGCAGCAGCAGGGGCCGCUGGGCCCCCCAGACACCCAAGGGCCACGUUGCCCCCUCCCCCCGGGGCCGCAAGCGGAGGACGACAGGAACGGGCCGGGGCCGCAGCACCCCCAGCAAGGUGGUCUAUGACGACCAUGAGAGCGAAGAGGACAGCGGGGAGGAUGUGGCCCCUGAGGGCCACAGCGACACCGACCAUGACGACGAAGACAUGGAGGACUCGGACUACCGCGAGGAAGAGGAGGAGGACGACGACGACGGCAGCUACUGCACCGAGAGCAGCUUCCGGAGCCACAGCACGUACAGCAGCACCCCGGGGAGGCGGAAACCCCGCGUCCAUCGCCCUCGCUCCCCAAUAUUUGAGGAGAAAGACAUCCCACCGCUGGACUUCCCCAAGUCCUCCGAGGACCUCAUGCUUCCUAACGAGCACUUACUCAACGUGGUCGCCAUCUACGAAGUCCUGAGGAACUUUGGAGCCGUGUUACGACUUUCACCUUUCCGCUUCGAGGACUUCUGCGCUGCCCUUGUGAGUCAAGAACAGUGUACUCUCAUGGCGGAGACUCACGUGGCGCUUCUGAAAGCGGUUUUACGCGAGGAGGACACGUCGAAUACUACAUUCGGACCUGCUGAUCUGAAGGACAGCGUUAAUUCCACCCUGUAUUUCAUAGACGGUAUGACGUGGCCGGAGGUUCUGCGGGCUUAUUGUGAGAGCGACAAGGAAUACCAUCAGGUGCUUCCCUUCCAGGAGGUGGACGAUUACCCCUACGGACCAAUAGAAAGCAAAGUGCAGGUUCUCCUUUUUUUAGUGGAUCAAUUUCUUACCACAAACAUUGCCCGCGAGGAGUUAAUGUCGGAAGGCGUGAUCCAGUACGACGACCACUGCCGUGUUUGCCACAAACUCGGGGAUUUGCUUUGCUGUGAGACGUGCUCUGCCGUCUACCAUCUGGAGUGCGUGAAGCCCCCUCUCGAGGAGGUGCCCGAGGACGAAUGGCAGUGCGAGGUCUGCGUGGCCCACAAAGUACCGGGGGUCAACGACUGCGUCCCCGAAAUCCAAAAAAAUAAACCCUACAUCAGGCACGAGCCCAUUGGCUACGACCGGAACAGGCGGAAAUACUGGUUUCUGAACAGACGGAUUAUAAUCGAGGAAGAAACCGAAACAUCAAAGAAGAUCUGGUACUACAGCAGCAAGCUUCAGCUGCAGGAGCUACUGGAGCGUCUGGACAAAGAUCUGUGGGAAGCCGACCUCUGCAAGACGCUGGCGGAAAUGGAGGAAGAAAUCCACCGACACAUGGACAUAACCGAGGAGCUGACCAAUAAAGCCCGCGGAAACAACAGAUCCUACCUGUCUGUGGUGAACGAAGAAAUACUGGAGCGCAUUAAGGCCAAACAAGGGGAAACAGAAGAAAACAGCAUUACUGAAGAAAAAAGCCCAUCGGAAAGCGUUGGUGAAGCUUUGGCUGAGAAAAGCAAGGAUGGGCCAUCAGACCCCAAGCAGGACGCGUGCAAACCCACUCAGGAGUCCACACAAGAUCCAGAUCACGCAAAGCCAGGGGACCCAACAGAUGGAGAGAAAAGACCGGCGGAGGAAGUCACUCCUGACAGUGUGAGCGGCACAAAAGCCUUGGCUGCCGAAAUGGAACCACAAGGAGUCCAGGAACAUGGAGGCAAAGCCGCGGAGAGCGAGGAAGCCGCAGUCACACAGAUGCCAGCAGCUGUGCCGGAACCAGAUGCUGCUGAUCAAGAAUCGGCCCAGCAGCUUCACAAGGAGAACAACUCCAGCCAGUCCUUUCCCGAGCAGCGCAGCUCAGCAACUGAGUCCAGCAAACCGAGCGACGGUACGGAGAGCAGCAAUAAAAUACCCAAGCCGGAGGAGACGGCCUCCAGCGAUGUAAAAUUGGAGAAGGGCGGUGAAGACGCAAGUGACCCUUCGCACGCAGGGAAAGGAACCCCGGGAUCCACGCGCAUGGUGACGAGGUUACGGAACCCAGACAGCAAGUUAAGUCUGUUGAAGAUCCAACAGGUCUCUGCUGCUGUCCAUGAAGCAAAUAAGAUUUAUAAGGAAGGCAGAGAGGUUCUGGUGGUGAACUCUCAAGGAGAAAUCUCCCGGCUGAGCACGAGGAAGGAAUUGGUCAUGAAAGGCACUUUGAGCAAUUAUUUUAAACUUGGCCAAGAAGGUAAAUACCGCGUGUAUCACAACCAGUACACCACAAACUCGUUCGCACUGAACAAGCACCAGCACAGGGAGGAUCACGACAAGCGGAGGCAUCUGUCGCACAAGUUCUGCGUGUCCACCAGCGGGGAGUUUAAAUGGAACGGCUCUGUGCACGGCUCCAAGGUACUGACCAUAUCCACGUUGCGGCUGACCAUCAUACAGCUGGAAAGCAACAUCUCCGCACCGUUCCUCCACCCCAACUGGCCGUCGCACAGAGCAAACUGGAUUAAGGCUGUCCACAUGUGCAGCAAGCCACGAGAAUUUGCGCUGGCGUUGGCCAUAUUGGAAUGCGCGAUCAAGCCGGUCGUCAUGCUUCCGGUCUGGAGGGACUCGCUGGGUCACACACGGUUGCGUCGAAUGACUUCCAUUGAAAGGGAAGAGAAAGACAAAGUGAAGAAAAAGGAGAGGAAGCAAGAGGAGGAGGAGAGCAUGCAGCAGGCCACGUGGGUGAAGUACACCUUUCCCGUGAAACAUCAGGUCUGGAAACAGAAGGGAGAGGAGUACAGAGUGACGGGGUAUGGAGGCUGGUGCUGGGUCAGUAAAACCCACGUGCACAGGUUUCUUCCUCACUUUCCUGGAAACACCAACGUAUCGUACAGAAAAGCCUUGGAAAAACCUAAAGCAGAAACUGAUAAUCGUACAACAAUCAAAUCUGAGACCAACGCGAAAGAGACGAAGCCAAAUCCCUCCGAGCUUACUGAAAGCAAGGAGACGGAUCAGGAUGAACAGAGGGACCAAAUUAAAGCGGAAACAAAAUCAGAAGACUGUAAAAUGGACACCGAUGAGAAGCCAGCUGACACGGGUCUGUCAGUGACGAAAGAUCUCAAGGAUUCGCACUGUGAAAGCGAGGGGUCUGUGAAAGAGGAGCCGAUGGACGUGGAUGAGCUCAAAUCUGAAAAGUGUCCAAAAAAUGAAGAAACCUUUCCUGACGUGGACUUAAUAAACGUGAGCGAGGGUUUUCAAGCAAGAACUUGGUAUAAAAAGAAAGUGAAAGCCUCCAGGCUGGAUGGGUUGUUGGAAAGGAGAGUCAAGCAGUUUACACUUGAAGAAAAACAGCGGAUAGAAAAACUAAAACUGAGCCGUGGGGAUCCCCAAAAGAGUUCGUCGGAGAGCGCAAAACGCAAAUGUGACACCCCGGAGCACAAAGUGAGCGCGCCGUGCCGAGACCUCCUGGAGGAAUUCAACCGGGAAUCUGAAAGCCAGCGGGCCGACAAGCUGUCCGAUUCGGAGAGUCUGACCAAGGAUAAGGCAGACACGGCCCUCGGCCCCAAACAAGCAGAAAAGAGAGAGACCUUGCCAAGCAGUGAUUUAACGGCAGCGGGGUGUCUGAACGGAACGCGGUUGGGACCCCCUCUACCCGAGAGCGCAGCUGCGGACAGCGAGACUUCCUCAAGCAGGGACCCAACUGAUGUCAAGACCUCAGACGUUGAAGGGAGUCUCCAGGACCAUUCCGAAAAUGUUAUUUUGAAGAACUCUUCUAGGUUGCAGGCAGAAAACAAUUUACCCGGCGAGGAAAACGGAGGCAACCAAAACUCCACUGAGAAGACGGCAAACAAAAAUGAUUCCCGCGAAGGAAAAGAUCUCUCGGUAACCGAUUUGGAGCCGGAAAACCCUUCUGAACCCAAAACGGUGUCUUCUCCUAACGGCGAGCAGGUAAGGGGAGACCGGGAACUCUCUCCAAGUCCUGUAUAUCCACGUGAAGAGAAGGCAGUCAUAAAGCCUAACGUGGAGAAGGCGGAAGUACCCACUCGGAUCAACGGGAAGGUGGUUAAUUCGGGAAAAGACUGUUUAACUGAUGACGUGUUAGAGAACAAGACUGUUAAUUUUACUGAGCCAAAGGUAAAUAACCUCUCCAGAGCUGCCUCGGAGUGUGAACGCAGAGUUACGUCAAUGGAGCCUGCGGCCAAGCCCUUCAUGAACGGAGACAUUGCCACGGAAAGUGUGGACCAGAAAAGCAAUGCCAGUCCCCCUCCGGUUUCCAGCCCGUCCCAAGACGGCGAGACGGCACAUGAAACGAGAGCUCUGGCAGCUCAUUCCCCAAAAUGUACCGUCCCCACCGCUGCUGGCCUUAAUAUGACGAGGGAGAUGUACAAAGAACAGGAGCCAAAAGAAACCCCCUCACCCGCGACAUCCGGGGAAGAAUCGAGCCUGAGCAGCGACUCCGCCGAGCCCAACGGCUUGUCCUCGGAUGCUUUGAAUGGGACCACGACGAUAAAAACAGUGGUUACAGAAAUCACCACGACCACCACCUCGGUCGUAUCAACUUGUAGGACUGUCGUGGAGGUAUCUGGCGGGUCGGUUUCCGUCAAUGAGAAAACGAUUGUGUCCACCGCAGAAAACACGUCUGUUUCCAGCACGAAUAAAGUCGCUACUGCCAACAGCGAGGUCGUGUCGGUGACUGGACAGAGCAAGAGUGUGGUGACCACGUCGGUGACUGACUCCAUGACCACCGCGUCUGGCACCAUCUUCUCCUCCGCCACCGUGAGCAAAGAAUACUCCACGAAAGACAAAGUGAAGCUGAUUAAGUUCACCAGACCAAAAAAGACGCGGUCAGGGACGGCACUCCCGUCUUACAGGAAAUUUGUCACCAAAAGCAGUAAAAAGAGCAUUUUUGUUCUGCCGAAUGAUGACCUGAAAAAGCUGUCGAGAAAAGGAGGCAUCAGAGAGGUUACCGGGUUCAGCUACAAUGCCAAACCGGUGCUAGACAUCUGGCCGUACCCUUCGCCCCGGCCGACGUUUGGGAUAACGUGGAGGUAUCGCCUUCAGACUGUUAAAUCUCUGGCCGGGGUGAGCAUGAUGCUGCGUUUACUGUGGGCAAGUUUACGAUGGGAUGAUAUGGCCGCCAAGCCACCACCCGGUGGGGGGAUCACGCGGACCGAAACAUCUGAAACGGAGAUUACGACGACAGAGAUCAUAAAAAGGAGGGACGUCAGUCCCUACGGAAUACGCUCCGAAUAUUGCAUCCGCAAAAUAAUUUGUCCAAUUGGUGUUCCCGAAGCCCCCAAAGAAACGCCGACACCACAGAGGAAAGGUCUCCGCUCCAGUGCCCUUCGCCCCAAAAGACCUGAAACCCCCAAGCAGACCGGGCCGGUCAUUCUGGAGACCUGGGUCCCGGAGGAGGAGCUCGAUUUAUGGGAGAUAAAAUGUUUUUCGGAAAGGGUGGAGAAGGAGAAGGCUCAGGCUGCGGAGCAGCAGGUUAAGGUUAGUGAUCAGAAGAAGAGUGAGGAGAUGAAGCUCCAGGUGGAAGCCCAACUAAAGCACCAGCGGCUGUUGGCCCAGCAGAAGCGACUGGAACAGCAGAAGCAGAUGCCGCCUGCGGCCAACGCGCCAAACGCCACCACAACCAGCAGUGCCGUGACUCCUGUGUCAACGCCACACAAGGUUAUGGUUGGCUCUUUAACCAGCUCUGUUACACCUGGUACCAAGGUGGUCCUGGCCACAAAGGUGGGCUCCCCGACCACGGUCACCUUUCAACAGAACAAGAACUUCCACCAAACAUUUGCCACCUGGGUGAAGCAAGGACAGAGCAGCACAGGUGUUGUGCAGGUUCAGCAGAAAGUCCUGGGAAUUAUUCCAUCCGGCACCGGAGCCCAACAGACCUUUACCACUUUCCAGCCCCGGACGGCGACCGUCACCAUCCGACCCAACGCCAAUUCUGCCGCAUCCCCGGGCGCCGGGCCGCAGGUUAUCACAGCCGGCACUCAGAUGAACGCAGGAAUGACCGUUAUCCGAGCACCGCUACAGCAGUCUACGUUAGGAAAGAGCAUCAUUCGCACGCCGCUCGUUGUGCAGCAAGGAAUUCUCCCGUCCGGCCAGCCUCAGCAAGUUGUGACUCAGAUCAUCAGAGGUCAGCCGGUCUCCACCGCCACGAGCACCAGCAGCACCGCGUCCGUCAGCGGGCAGAGGAUGGGCACCCCUGUGCCGCAGUCUCAACAGACCACCACGCCGCAGACACCCCGGCCGCAGCAAGGCCAGGUCAAACUCACGAUGGCACAACUCACACAGCUAACGCAGGGCCAGGGUGGAAACCAGAGCCUGACCGUCGUGGUCCAAGGUCAGGGUCAGACAACGGGCCAGUUACAACUGAUUCCACAGGGCGUGACGGUCAUUCCUGCCCCGGGGCAGCAACUAAUGCAAGCAGCAAUGCCAAACGGCACCAUCCAGCGGUUCCUUUUCACCCCCCUCCCCGCUGCGUCCACUUCAGCGCCCACCACGGCGACAUUGACUCCGUCGAGCGUCUCGUCAGCCGCUGAACAGAAACCUGCUUCCCAGAACCCGGUGCAGUCAAACUCGCUGGCUCCAACCUCAUCUCCCCAGCUUCCGGCUCCAUCGCAGGCUCAGCCUGCGCAGUCUGAGACGGCAGAUCAGUCCCGGGUCUCAGCGUCGCAGCCGGCGCAUCCCGUUCAGUCCCAGACGAUGGCCUGCGUCCAGCCUCGGCAGCCCACAGCCUCCCAUCCAGCAGGCGCGUCGCAGGCAGAUACGGGGCCCUCAGCGGAGCCGGCGCCUUCUCUCCUGGGGAGCCGCCCGCCGGUGGCGGAGACAGGACAGCACAAGGAGGUCCAGCCGGCGCACUCUGUUCAGACGGCGGUCUCGCAAGAAGCUAAAAGCCCCCUGCCUCCGGCUUCCGUGCCCCAGGUGUCAGUGCAGGUUCCUGCUCAGGCUUCUUUACUAAGCCAUUCCAAGCCUCCAGCCCUUUCCCCUGCUUCGAGCCACACGCCAAGCUCCGUUCAGGUGACCGUGCCCGCUUCCUUCCAGAUCCAAGCUCCGCUUCCGGCUUCCACGCUGCCGCAGUCUCAGGCCCACGUCCCGACGGCUAAUCAAGUGAGCGUCCAGUCGCCGUCCCGCGCCCAGCUCCACAACCAGCCGUCCCAGGCGCAGGUCAUUACUGUCCCCCAGCAGGUGCAGGUCGUGUCUCAUCUACCGCCCCACGUGGUGGCUCAGAUCCAGGCCCAGCCAGGCGGAAUCCCGCAGCAGAUAAAAUUCCAGCUGCCCUUCCAGAUUCAGCAGGGAGGCACCGUGCAGGCCCACCAGAUCCAGAACAUUGUGGCUGUCCAGGGGGCCAGCGUCCAGGAGCAGCUGCAGAGGAUCCAGCAACUGCAGGAGCAGCAAAAGAAGAAAGGCCAGGAGGGGAAACGAGAGCAAGCCCUGCAGGGAUCCAGCCAGGGUGAAAUCCUACAGAAACAGGUUGUGAUGAAGCAGAACGCAGCCAUUGAACACCUGAAACAGAAGAAGACCAUGACCCCGGUGGAACGGGAAGAAAAUCAAAGGAUGAUCGUUUGCAACCAGGUCAUGAAAUAUAUCUUGGACAAAAUAGAUAAGGAGGAGAAGCAGGCGGCAAAGAAAAGGAAGCGCGAGGAGAGCGUGGAGCAGAAGCGUAACAAGCAGAACGCGAGCAAGCUGUCGGCCCUUCUCUUCAAACACAAGGAGCAGCUGAAGGCAGAGAUCCUGAAGAAACGGGCCCUUCUGGACAAGGACCUGCAGAUCGAGGUUCAGGACGAGUUAAAGAAAGAUCAGAAUAAAAUAAAAAAGGAGAAAGAGCGCGCGCAAGCGGCAGUAUUAACCCCUCCAGCGCCUCCACCGCUGCCGUCUCCACCACCACCGCCGCAGCAAACGGCGACCGCCGCCUCCUCCCCCCCCACGCCUACCGCGUUGUCUUCGCACAAGCGCAGGAGAGAGGAGGAGAAAGAAGCGGCUCCCACCAAGUCCAAGAAGAAGAAGAUGAUUUCCACUACCUCAAAGGAUGACAAGAAAGACACCAAGAUCUACUGCAUCUGCAAGACGCCGUACGACGAGUCCAAGUUCUAUAUUGGCUGUGAGCUGUGUGCUAACUGGUAUCAUGGAGAAUGUGUUGGCAUCACAGAGAAGGAAGCCAAGAAAGUGGAUGUGUACAUCUGUAAUGAUUGUAAGCGGUCCCAGGAGGGGAGCGGCGACGGCGACGAGUUAUAUUGUAUCUGCCGAACGCCUUAUGACGACUCGCAAUUUUACAUCGGAUGCGAUCGCUGCCAGAACUGGUUCCACGGCCGCUGCGUUGGCAUUCUGCAGAGUGAGGCGGAAUACAUCGACGAGUAUGUGUGCCCAGAAUGCCAGUCCACGGAGGACGCCAUGACGGUGCUGAGCCCCUUAACAGACAAGGACUACGAGGGGCUAAAGCGAGUCCUGCGUUCGUUACAGGCUCACAAAAUGGCGUGGCCCUUCUUAGAGGCUGUGGACCCCGAGGAUGCUCCAGAUUACUAUCGUGUGAUUAAGGAACCGAUGGACCUGUCCACGAUGGAGGAGAGAAUACGCAGCCGGUUCUAUAAGAAGCUGACCGAGUUUGUCGCAGACAUGACCAAAAUAUUCGAUAAUUGUCGUUAUUACAACCCCAGCGACUCCACGUUUUGUCAGAGCGCAGAGGUGCUAGAGUCCUUCUUCGUGCAGAAGCUGAAGGCUUUUAAAGCGAGCAGGUCCCAUAACAACAAACUUCAAUCUGCAUCUUGAAACCCAACGCGGCGGCGGCGGCCGGUUACCGCAAAGUCUCAUUGGAGAAACGGAUUUUGGCGCGGUUUGGUUUUUGUCGCUGGGGUUACCCCGAGCAACCGCAGCCCGCGAUAAUUGGCUAUUUUUACACAUUUCAGGGUGAAAAGAAACUCCUCACCAAAUCUCUAGCCCCCGGUGAAAUCAUUUUAUUCCUGCAACGCGGGGUUAACAAACUACACAUUGGGGUAAAGAGGACGAAAGCGAUGGAGUGGAAACGGCUCCGGCUCCGUGGAAACGUGUUCUUCAGUGAAGAAGCUGGCUUAAAGUCCACGCCGAUGACUUUUGACUAUUUAUUUAUUGUUGAAAGACAUUUUUUUAUCUCUGCCCGCAUUUGUCAACUAAUUAUUUUUUCUUAUUAAAUAAAAUAAAAAGUCGAAGGACGAAAAAAAAAAUCCCCCAGUUGUCCGGAUCCCCCUCGUCGCACAUUUCUGUAAGUACCUGUCUUUUCUUUCUAUGAAAGGAACUGCCGUCUCUCCGCGGACCCCCAUUUAUUGGUUGUGGCGAAAUGCAUAAGAAAAUCCCCCGACUCCGUGAACCUGGCGGGCCGAUGACUAUAGACUGUUGGCAGAGGGAGGGGGCGCAUGCUCCGCGGGGGCGGGGCAGAGGGAGAGCUCCGCUAAUCGACGCUCUUAUUUGUAAACAUUUGUCAAAUUCAAUUUUUUCAUUUUGUAUUAAACCUCGGAAUCUGGAUGUUUAUGAAACAAUAAA